UAAUCAUUUUUUUUUUUUUUUAAUUAUAGGUGUUGAUUACUUGAUAAUAUAGUUGUGAACAUGACAUAAAUCAUGUUUAUCGCGAACCCCAUUCCUAUGUUUACCCGCUGGUCUGUUGAAGUCUAAUCACUACGUCAUAGACUACCACCCAAAUCACCCCUUCCAAAUGUAUCGCUUUGCACCGAAGCUUAGUCGCCACCCCUCAUUAUACCGGUGACUGGUGUGCUAUAUAAGUGGCCGAUCGACAUCCAUUCAACGCACACGCGCCCGUAUUCGGACUGAAGCAGAGCAUCAAAAAAUUCCAAUUAUCGCCAUUUACAAGACCCAUAACAAUAGGGCCAUCAUGUCCAUUGCAGUGCAUUGGUUUAGAAACGGUUUAAGAUUGCACGACAACCCGGCUUUGAUUGAAGCCAUCAACAAUGCGGACAAGCUUAUUACACUGUACAUUUUCGACGAAGAAACAUUCGUUACGAAUUUAAUCGGUUUUAAUCCAAUGCGUUUCCUUCUGGAAAGCUUAAAAGAUUUAAAUGAUACAUUGACCUUGUACGGAGGAUGUUUGUAUAUAUUACAAGGAAAUCCAGUUAACGUAUUUAAGGAAAUCAAAGAAAAGAUUGGUCUAGAUGUACUUACUUUUGAGCAGGACUGUGAACACAUCGGAAGAGUUCGUGAUAGUAAAGUAGUUCAAUUUUGUCAAGCAAACGGAAUUAAUUGUAUUGAAAAAGUAUCGCACACUCUAUGGAAUCCAAAAGAUAUAAUCAAAGAAAAUGGAGGACAACCUCCGUUCACUUUUAAACAAUUUCAAGUUAUUGCAAAAAAUAUUGGUCUUCCUCCAAAUCCGAUGAUGAAUGUAGAUUGGUUGAGCGUAAUUUUUGAAAAACUUCCAACAUCAAUUCUCGAAAAAUUCAAGGCUUUAGAAAAUCCAACGCCACAGACCUUUCACAUAUAUCCAGAAAAUAUUUCCGAAGUUGGUGAGAGUUCUUCUACUUACCAUUGGUACGGUGGUGAAACCAGAGCUUUAGAACAGUUAAACGAUCGACUUGUGUUCGAAAAAGAAGCAUUUAUUUCCGGAUUUUACCUGCCUAACCAAGGAAGUCCUAACCUUUUGGGGCCACCAUCUAGUCUUAGCGCUGCCUUACGAUAUGGAUGUCUAUCCAUAAGGAAGCUUUAUUGGGAACUUUCCAACCUGUUUUUGCAAACAUUUGACGGAAAUCUAUUGCCGCAGUAUAGCGCCACCAGCCAACUCAUUUGGAGGGAUUAUUUUUACACCAUGUCCAUAGACAACGAAAACUUCGGCCAAAUAGAAGGCAACCCAGCAUGUCUAUCGAUACCGUGGAACGAUAUCAAUAACGAGGAAAACAAAAUUAUGUUGGAAUGUUGGAAAACCGGAAGGACCGGAUACCCUUUUAUUGACGCCGGAAUGAGACAACUGUUACAGGAAGGAUGGAUUCAUCACGUGGUACGAAACUCAGUGGCAUGUUUCUUAACAAGAGGAGACCUUUGGAUUAGCUGGACUGAAGGGUUAAAACAUUUUUUGAAAUAUUUGAUCGAUGCCGAUUACUCAGUGUGCUCGGGCAACUGGAUAUGGGUGUCAAGCUCCACGUUCGAACAGCUGCUGGAUUAUCCGCUGUGCGUGUGCCCAGUCAGUUACGGGCUAAGACUCGACCCUACGGGCGAUUACAUAAGACGUUAUGUUCCGGAGUUGAAAAACAUGCCCAAAAAGUACAUAUACGAGCCGUGGAAGUGUCCAGAGUCGAUUCAGAAAGAAGUGGGAUGCAUCGUCGGCAAGAACUACCCGAACCGUAUUAUUGACCAUGUGACCGCAUCGAGGCUAAACAGAAAGAAAAUACUUGCGCUACGAAACUCUAUGUCCAUGGUACCACAUUGCCGUCCUUCAAACCAAGAAGAAGUUCAAAAGUUUAUGUGUCUGCGUGAGGAGUGUAUGCAACAGUUGUAUUCUAAGGAGUACCAGGAUAUCGACUCCUAUGAGUACUUCAACUAUCAAUAAUCUACAAAAAUAGACAAUCACACUUCCUCUCUCCCAGCACACGGUGCUCGGUUUCCGUUGGUUUCUAAAUGAAUUUCAUUUAACAUGUAUUUCGUUGAACUUGAUAUUGUACUUUCGUAAAAUAAUAAUUGACUUAUAAAAUCGAAA